AUGGUCAACCUCCUGUACGCGGUGCUGCACUCCCUCCUGAGCUGCCUCAUCCCCCCAGCCAACCUGCUGGUCAUUGUGGCCGUCUACCAGCUGAUGAGGAAGCAGCCGGGCACCAGCUAUGUCUACAUCCUCAACCUGGCCACUGCCGACCUGCUGGUGGGUGUGAUGUGCAUUGCCGAGGCACUGGACGACAUCCUCGAUGGGGAUUUUGACCGCAGCAAAUCCUUCUGCCUCCUGCGCAUCGCCAUGAGCAUGACACCUUGCAUUGGCUCCAUCCUGACCUUGCUCCUGAUCUCCCUGGACAGGUACCUGGCGGUGACGCUGCCACUCUCCUACCCCACCCUCCUGAAGAAAAUGCCCAUGGUCCUCUCCCUUGUUGUGCUCUGGAUGCUCUCCUCCUUUUUCGGGCACUUGCCUCUCAUCUUGCCCUCCCUCCAGCGAGGCAACUACACAGGUUACUGCGGGCUCCUUUACGCAGCCAAGAGCGAGUACCUCUACACAAUCUGCUUCGGCAUCUUUGCUCCGUCCCUGCUGGUGCUGGUGUGCCUGCAUGUCUGGGUGGGCAGCAUCGCCUACGUGCAGCACCGGCGGCUCCGGCAUGCCUGCGCCCAGGCGGGGGCCCCCCGUGCCCGCCUGCGCCACUUCAAGGCGCUGCGGACUGUGCUCAUCGUCCUUGUUGGCUUCAGCCUCUCCUGGGGCCCCUACCUGAGAGAGCCGCUGCAUCUCGUGCCCGCAGCAGGCUGA